AGUGCCAGGGCAGGCUGAGCCAGAGUUCUAUAAAUUGCAAAUCACUAGGCCCAAUCUGCAAUUUUGUCUAUAGACCUCUCUCUCUCUCUCUCUCUCUCUCUCUCUCUCUGAGAUCUCGAUCUCGAUCGGGUUGCUGGCUAUAGGAUUAUUGCAAAGCGUAGCUAGGAGCUUGAAGAGUAAUCGUGAUCGGCUCUAUUCUGUCUGUGAUUUUGGCGGAGAUUAACUUAUCAACACGAUGGUUGCUUCAAUUGCUGCCUCUGUCUUCUUCCCUACUCCAUCCUCUUCUUCUCGGUCUUCUUUGAAGAACUCAAAGACCAUUAAUGAAGGUUCCGAGUCAUUGAAUGUACUGGGUAUUGCAGCCAAACCUGCAUCAUCAUCCAAAGCCAUGCAGGUUAAGGCCGAAGCACAGACUGUUCCUAAGAUCAAUGGAUCAAAGGUUUACUUGAAAUCUGAAACCCUGAAACUUGAGGAAGAUGCACCUUCUACAGUUCCAAGAACAUUUUAUAAUCAAUUACCCGACUGGAGCAUGCUACUUGCCGCCAUCACAACUAUUUUCUUGGCAGCAGAGAAGCAAUGGACCCUCCUUGAUUGGAAGCCAAGGAGGCCGGACAUGCUUGCAGAUGCGUUUGGCUUAGGGAAGUUUGUUCAGGAUGGUCUUGCUUUCAGACAGAACUUUUCCAUUAGAUCAUAUGAGAUUGGAGCAGAUCGCACAGCUUCUAUAGAGACGUUAAUGAAUCACUUACAGGAGACGGCACUUAACCAUGUCAGAGUUGCAGGCCUCAUGGAUGAUGGUUUUGGUGCUACACCAGAAAUGUCUAAAAGAAAUCUUAUAUGGGUCGUGGCUAAAAUGCAUGUUCUUGUAGAAAAAUAUCCUUCAUGGGGGGAUGUUGUUCAAGUAGAUACUUGGGUUAGUCCAUCUGGUAAAAAUGGGAUGCGGCGCGAUUGGCAUGUCAUUGAUUGCCAAACUCGUGAAACUAUCGUAAAAGCUACAAGUGUAUGGGUAUUGAUGAAUAAAACGACCAGAAAGCUGUCUAAAAUGCCAGAUGAAGUCAGGGCAGAAAUAGGGCCCUAUUUCCUGGAGCGUGCUGCUGUUUUAGAUGAGGAUAGCAGAAAGCUUCCGAAGCUCGAUCAUGAUACCGCUCAUUAUGUUCGUAAAAACUUAACUCCUCGCUGGGGUGACCUGGAUGUUAAUCAACAUGUGAACAACGUCAAGUACAUUGGAUGGAUUCUUGAGAGUGCUCCCACUUCCAUCCUGGAGAGCCAUGAGCUUGCAGGCAUGACUUUGGAAUACAGAAGAGAGUGCGGAAAGGACAAUGUGCUUCAGUCUCUGACCUCUGUCUCAACCGAGUGCUCCGAUGUGUCGCCACCAGAUGCCGGCAUGGAGUGCGUGCACCUUUUGCAGCUCGAGAGCGGCAAUGAGAUCAUUAGAGGACGUACAAGGUGGAGGCCAAAACGAUUGUAGGAUUUCCGUGAGCGAACGAUGCACCAAAACCAAGCUGAAGUUGAUCUUCUGCUGCUAGGUCUCUUCCAUCUACCUCUAAUCAUGGCAAGAUUGGGAGUUGUUUGUGGAAAACUAGCAACUCUAACUGAUAUUUUCUCUGAAACUAAAAGGUGGAGAGAGUAGUAUUAUAUAUGUCAUUCUUUGUUUGUACUUUUAUCAUUUUUUUUCCUUCUUCUUAUUAUUAUUAUUCUAUGUCUCUCUAUAUCAUCUCAUAACUUGUGGUCUCAUUCCUGAAGCCUUAUGUAUGUAAUUAAUCGUAAUGUUGUUAUAUUGUUUAUCCUUUUAAUGGUUUUUACCUUUGCUGUUUAGGAGGCCUAUAAAA